AUUAUAUAACCAAAAAAACAACAAAAAAUCCUCCUCUUCAUCCUUUUUUCUUCAUUCUUGAGUUCAUGAGAAAAAGAAGAAUGACAACUAUAACCUAUGAUCCAAAUUUCAACCUUCAAAAAAUCAAAGAAUAUCCACAACAUAAAGUUUUAUUAGAAGAAAUUGAAGGUCUUAUUAAAGUCUACAAAGAUGGUCAUGUUGAAAGACCUCAAAUAGUACCAAAUGUCACUAAUAAAUUACCUCUUGAACUUGGUGUUACCUCUAGUGAUGUUGUAAUUGAUAGGUACACAAAUAUUUGGGCACGUUUAUAUGUUCCAAAAAUAUUAUGUCAAGGAAAUAAAUUACCUAUGUUAAUUUAUUUCCAUGGUGGUGGAUUUUGUGUUGGAUCAUCAUCUUGGAUUUGUUACCAUGAGUUCUUAGCUAAAUUAGCAUCAAUUGCUAAUUGUGUGAUUAUGUCUGUUAAUUAUCGAUUAGCCCCCGAAAAUCGUCUUCCAUCGGCUUACGAUGAUGGGGUUAAGACGAUUGUUUGGAUAAGACAAAAAGUGCUUAUUGGUUCUAACGAAGAUUAUUGGUGGUUAAAUAAGGUUAAUUUUUCUAAUAUUUAUUUGGUUGGUGAUAGUGCUGGUGGGAACAUAGCUUAUAACGUAGCUAUAAUGCUUCGUUCGAAAAUAGGUGACCUAAAGCCAAUAACUUUAAAAGGUAUCAUUUUAAUUCAACCUUUUUUUGGUGGAGAGUCGAGGACUUACUCCGAAAAAUACACUAUCCAGCCGCCACGAUCAGCGCUCACAUUAGCGAGCGCUGACACAUACUGGCGGCUAGCAUUGCCCACGGAGGUUAAUCGAGACCACCCGUGGUGCAAUCCGAUUGGGAAAGAGGGUGUAAAUUUGGUGGAUAUAAGGAAUAUUCCUGGAAUAUUGGUGUGUAUAUCUGAAUUAGAUAUUUUGAGAGAUAGAAAUUUGGAGUUUUGUUCUACUUUAAAUAGAGUUAGUAAUAAAAAGGUUGUUGAAUAUGUGAUGUUUAAAGGUGUAGGCCAUGCAUUUCAAGUACUGAGCAAAUCUCAAGUUGCACAAACAAGAACAACAGAGUUGAUCGAACAAAUUAAAGGUUUUAUCAGUUGAUUGAUGACCACUAUGUACAAAAUAGAAUCAAGGAUUUAAGUUAUAUACACGACUAAUUUAUCAUUGUUAUAACAUGUUAGUUAUUGUUUUUAUGAAUUACUGGUCUAUGUUUACUAUAGAAGGAUAAUAAAUUGGUUUGUAACAUGUAACUUAUCGUUUUUUAAUUAAGAAUUAAUGGUCUAUAUUUACUAUAGAGAAUACUGUAUGGUUU